UUCUUGUCCUCGACGCCCACAUUCGGCUAACGCACGCCAGCCGCGAGGCAGGCCCGGCUCUGACUUGCUGCGCUGAUCCCAUGGGUUGAUCUUGACCAUCAUCUUCUCCCUUUCAGUCGAAGGGGAUCUGUGAAUUUCGAGUGCGACUUUCUUUGUUAGACGCUGGUAGGCGCCGGAGGACAAUCAGGACUUGACAUAGCCCGGUUGGCCAGGUGGUGUUAUUUGUCAUCCGCUAGCUUUAAGCUGGUUUAGUCCUGCGCUAUGAAUGUGGCACCCGAGUUGAUGAACAACAAAACUAUCAACGACAAGCCGAUCUCCACGGCAAGACAACAGUCAUUCGGACCGUCUGCAUCGCUGCACUCUCCUCCCGCGACACCGCCCACGAGCUUCACGAACGCCAAUAUGCGCAACGAAAUCGACGUCGACGCUGCUGCCGAGUCCCUCGACGAUAUGCCGAGGGCACCGGGCCCUUCUACGCUCGCCUAUCCCACGCACGACACGCCACACGACCCCACCGCCGAUGAACGGGACACCGAAUCCGACGAUCGGCCCUCCAACCUCUGCCAUCCCGAAUACCUCACGGUCCCCCUCGAAAUGCUCCUCGACGACUCGCACGACAUCCCGCGCACCUUGCACGACACCGCCGAAGCAUACACACUCCUCGCCUUACGGUUGCGCACCGAGGCGCGCGCGCUCCAGCGGGACGGCGCGUCGUACCCGGCCCUGGAUGCCAUCCGCAAGCGCGCUGGCGAUCUAGCGCAUCUGCUGCAUGUGCAUUCACGGCUGGCGCUGAGCAAGGAGUUGGAGCCGAUUCUCAAGUACGAGAUUGGGGGAUCGGUACCUCUGGAUAGUGGGAGACUCGCCGAGGACGAGAUACGGAAUGCGGAGGACUCGGUGACGGUGUGCCACUGCGCCAUGCGUGUGGUGUCGGAUAUUAUGGCGUUCUGGCGAUUGUACCAAUUAUUCUCUGAUGACGACCUAUGCUUGCUGAUGAACGAUCUGUGUGAUAUUAUCCUGGCGAGGAAACUGUACAUUGUCAAGGCAAGACAAACAUGCGCCAUCGCGGUGUGGGCGCUAUAUGCGCAGAACCUGCCGUGGGAUGUACUCGCCACUCAGAAGAACCAACUAGCAUGCGCAUUCGGGCGCGCAAUCCGUGGCGAAGUCGGCCUCUCGAUGACCAUCUCAGAUGGGUGUAAGGCCUUCCAUAAAUUCUCGAAGCUACACCCCGCACUCUUUCUGCCGGAAUUCGAGCUGCAGUUCCCGACAGUCUUGCGCUACCUCCGCUCCUCGUCACCCGAGCGCAGACUAUACGCCGCGCACGCUCUCGCUGGCUUCGCCCUCGGCAAGCUCUCCUCCGGACUCGCUCUCUCCGGCGCCUGCACCGCUCUCCACACCUGCAUCGCAGAUAAACCCGCCGACCCCACGUUCCCCACCUUUCAAAGCACCCUCGAAGCCGCCUGCAAACAACUCGGUCCCACCCAUUGCGGCGACGGCCCGAUCUUCGGUACCGUCGUCGUCCUCGCGCUCAUCCUUAUCUCUGGCCCCGCCCUCUUCGCGCACCCCGCGUCCGUGCAGCUGAUCGUCGCCGUGGCCGUUGCGGCGAGCACGCACGGCCGGUCGUCGGCGCGCAAGCUGGGUGCGAGGGUGUGGCGCGCGCUCGCGUGGGCGGCGGCGCAGGCGAGCGCGGGGACGAGGGAGCGCACAAGAGAGAGGCUCUGGCGGCUCGUCGCGCAGGAGCUGCGGUUCGGCGCGGGCGCGGGGGUGGUGGCGGGGAUGCUGAUGUCGGGGGUGGGGGAGGAUGUGGGGCGGGCGGUGGGGAUGGUUGAGACGAUGCUUGCGCAUAAGGAGGACGCGGUGCGUGAGGAGGCCGCGGGGGCGCUGGUGCGCAUGCUGGGGGCGGGUGUUAAGGCGGAGGAGGGGACCGUGGGCAUGGACGGGUUGGUGGACAAGGAGAUGCUGGAGGGAGGUGUGCUGUUUACGCCGUACACGCGGUUGACAGCGCUAGCCACUGGGCUGAAGGGGUUCGAUAUGGGCCUCGUGCGGGCGCUGGGCGAGGGGGAAGUGUUAGCGUACUGGGACAGGCCGGCCGGCUGUUGGGAGAGGGUGGCGAAGGCGGGGCUGGCGCAUGAGCAGGACGUGCUGGACGCGUGGCAGAAUUUGCUGCUCUCGCAGGCGCAUCUGUCGCAGGGGAUGGGUCAUCUGACGGCCCCGCCGGCGCAUGUGGAGGAUAUUACGCGGAGGAUUGUCGCGUUUGUCGAUGUGGAGAAGGACAAAGAAGGCGCCGACGACGACAAGCGGGUCGACGAGCAAGUCAAGCAGCUUCACCUCAUCGCCUCCCUCUACUCCGUCGUCCGCAACGUAUACUCCGCGCCUUGGCUCUUGCGAGUCGCUCGUGCCGUCCUCAACGCCGUGUUCGAUGCGGGCUGCCGUGUAUCCGACGGCCGUGUACGUGUCGCACUUGCCCGCUGCGUAGCGGCGCUGGUGGCGUCCGGACAUCGAGAAUUGGUGAAGCACGUGUUCGAGACGUGGAAGGUGGACGCGCUGCUGGGGAGGGCGAUUUGGACGGAGGUAGCAAGGGGGUGUACAGGAGGAAGACCAGCGGGCGAGAGGCCGGCGAUCGCGGGGUCGCCGUCGUUCAGCUGCGUCGGGUGGCAAGACCUUGCGUAUUUUUUGUCUUUGCCGUUGAAUGGCUGGUGCAUGGACGGCGAAGAGAGCGAGGGAUGGGUAGACCUUCUGCAGGUGGCUGCGCAGAAGGCAGGCGUGGAGUCGACAAUCAUGGUCGCAGAGAUCUUCGAGCUCGUCGACCGCGCAGAGGAUCUGUGGAUCGACUCCUUCCUCUCGAACCCUCGACUCAUCCUCGCGGUGCUCAACCAUAUCGAUCUCUCGUUGCCGGUGGAGGUCAAUGUGUUGCUCGAAGCCAUGGAUACCAUACUUCAUCGCAUGUACCCACCGACGGAGGAUACGAUGGCGACAUGCCAGGCGAUGUUGGACAAGAUGACGAGGAUCGUGCAAGAGGCGGCGCCUGCGAUUAUUGUCUCCGUUCUGACAGCGAUGAACCGGAGUCUAUGUCGCUGGCUGGAAAAUACAGACGAAGCGAUCUCGGAUGAGGAUUACAAUGGUCAUCUCAUCGCCUUGUACGCUGCCGCCCUCACGAGGCUCGCUUCGAGCCUAACAUCCGAAGACAUACUCCAACCCUCCACGGACACAUCGCGCACCCUCACCGACAUCCUCCAUGCUCUCUCCGACUUCUUCUCCUCUGUCUUCUACGCGCCCUUCCCCGGUGACGGCCCCAUGCACUUUGAGGCGUUCUGGCGGAAGACGUAUCAUGGGGACGCGAGCUUUUACCCGCAUAUUUCGGAGAGGCUGGGGAAUUGUUUGGCUGCGCUGGACCAGUGCGAGGGGGGUAGUUUGGGGCAGGGGCUGUCGCAGAGUCAGUCCGUUCGGACGGGGGCGCAAAAGGAAUCGCAGAUCUCUCCGAAACGACGAAGCCAGGAGGAUCCGUGCUUCCCCGCUGAGCUGGCCAGCGCGUUCAGGACGGACUCGUCGCCGAUGAGGUCGCCUCGGAGGUCGGAGAGGCAGCAACGUUCCGCUCAACCAUUUGGUACACUGUCCACGUCAGACCAUCCGCGGCUACCCACAGGCAUGGCGCGUCGGGUGUCCGGUCACGCGCAAAAGCGCAAGGCGUCUGUGGGGUUGAGCCCUUGUACGCCGAAGCGGCGGCGGCGGGUCUCGCUGAAGGGCGGAGAUGAGCAGACCCUCGGUGCUGCGGAUGUGAAGAGCGAGUCGCCUGCAUCGGCGUUGAAGAGGAAGAGGUUGGCUGGCGACGAGAUGGAUACCUCGGAGGAAGCGCCAACGACGCCUAGUCCAACGAGGAGGACGAACCGAUUGGUUUUAGAUGCGGUGGAGGUGCCGACGAUGAUGCAAGUGCGGCGGGACGAGCGGAGGGACAGCCUUCGAUCGUCGCAGGAGGAUUAUGAUGAAUGGGAGAGGGGUGUUGGGACGCAAGGGCAGCAUACGAGUUAUGAGAAGGAGGAAGAGGAAGAGGAGGAAGAUGAUGAGGUUCUGCCUAGCGACGAAGAGGAGCUCGCCGAAGUCACGCGCUUGCGCUCGUCCAUGCCUCCGCCCUCUCAGCCCGUUCCUCGACCUCAGCUUGAAGAUCGGUCGCAGACAGAGCCGGUCCUCUCACAAGUACAUCGACAGGAGGCACCCUCCCUUCGCCGCGCGGCUACGGAGGGCGGGUCGUCGGCGAAGCUCGCUGCCCUUCGACAAGCGCACUCGGCGAUCAUGUCGAGCGAUUCGCAGACGCCGACGGAGGACCUGAUGGAGGCGCAGCAGCUGGCGAUACAAAUACAAGCGGAGCUGAAUGAGAGGUUGAAGAAGCAGUUGCGUGGGCGGAGGCGAUGAAGGAUCAAAUGCUAAUGCUGCUGUGGGGACUUUUCGUGUGGAUUGAACGCUGCAUUGUAUACUAGACACUUAUUUAUGCGUAUUUAUUGGGGGUUCCUAGUUUCAGGCGUAGGAGAUCAGUCAGAGGACGAGUAUGUUACUGAAUCGUGUGUGCCUGUCGUGCGUUGUGGGUCCACUCGGAGCUGCAAUUGAUCCAAAUCGGGAAGUGCCUGCC